AUGAGGUCUACAACAACGCUUCUAGUCCUUGCCGCCGCCCUCUCUGCCAACGCAGAGGUCCAGCAUGGAGUCAUCGGCAUGGGCAUCGACAUGUUCAAGCCAUGGUGCGCGACAGCUUGCUCCGAUACUCUUUCUGGCCUAUACCUGAAUUGCACUACAUUCGAGGAGAUGUCAGGCAACCACCACGGAAUGAAGGUCAAGCGAAUGGACGGUAUGGAUAUGAUGAUGGGAGUCACCUCAGCCGAGUGCCGUGCCAGCAAUGCACCCUGGCUGCAGACAUUCAGCUACUGCAUCAAGUCACAUUGUGAUGCGGAAGGGCUUAGUACUAAAGCGCAGGAGAAGUACUGGCAGAAGAAUGCGGCUGAGGGCAUGCCCGUUCCGAGCUUGACGGAAGCUCUGCCCGCGACGGCGCCCACACUAUCUGUCGAAGACGAGGCCGAGUGGCUCAACGAGACCAUGCUAGCCAACGAAGCGGCCUGGACCACUGAUCGCCGAACAAUUCAAGAGUUUGCGGAAGUGGAGCGGGAUCAUUCUAUCUUUGCGAUGGUCUCGAUGAUCGUGCCCGUCGCAUUCAGCAUCAUUGCCGGUCUUUGGCUCAUCAUCACAUCGUCGAAGCAGAGCACGCUAUUCAACAAGACGCGAGCAUACUUCACAGUCCCUGCGCUGUUCGGUGGCCGCCAGUCCCAGCCUCUCGCAUGGAACAUUGGCUACGUACCAGCUCGAUCUACAUCCACAAUCAUCACUAUUUACAUUUUCCUCAACAUCAUCUUCAACUGCGUUGACUUUCGGAGCGUUCAGCCCAGCAGCUGGUACACAAAUCGAGACCAAGAGAUGGCGGCAUAUGUUGGCAACCGAGCUGGCGUGCUUAGCUUCGCCAACAUGGCUCUUGCAAUGCUUUUCAGCACACGGAACAACCCGUUGUCCUUCAUCAGUGGAUGGUCGCCCACAACAUUCAUCACUCUACACCGGUGGGCCGCUCGCAUUUCUGUCAUCCAAGCGGUAGUGCACUCCAUCGCCUACACUGCAGACUUCGUCUCGUACACCAGUCCAGCCAGAUACCCCUCCGAAGUCAAGCUUCCGUAUUUCUGGUGGGGAAUCAUUGCAACAGUCGCGAUGUCGCUGAUGGCCGGCCUAUCGAUCCUUCCGCUCCGGAGAUACUCAUAUGAGCUGUUCUUGAUCGGGCAUAUCGUGCUUGCCAUUCUCUCGUUACUUGGCUGUUGCUUCCUCGGCGGCACUAGCCACGGACAAGUCGAGCGCGUCCCUGGCGUUGAUGGUGUCGUCAGCCUGAAGCUGUAUCCUUCAAGGCAUUUCAACACCGCGCCAGGCCAGCACACGUUUGUCUACUUCCCAGGUCUUGGUCGCUUCUGGGAGAAUCAUCCCUUCACCAUCGCCAGCUGGGGUGUUGACACCGCGCCGACGCAUCGCGGAUCAAAUAGUGAACAGAUCGAGUCUUCUUCCACUUCUGCGUCGGACGUCGAUGCCAUAACGUCAUCUGGCUCUAGCACAGGCAAGGAGAAAGAAAUUCGAGUCGCAGCAAAAGCUGUCAAAUCUUCCGACCAUCCGGUCUACCUCGAUCAGUUUUACGUCAAAUGUCUCUUCCGAGUGCAUGGCGGAACGACGUCAAGCCUGAAUCGCGCGCUUGCUAGCAGAAUUCCAUCGACGAUUCUCUCAGAGGGCGCCUAUGGCGGACAUAGCCCUGCGACACGCAGUGUGCUGAUGCAUGCGGAGCAUAUUCUCGUCAUAGCGGGUGGGAUUGGCAUCACGUUUGCUACGGCAUACGCCAAACGAUACGCAGACGAGACUGCUGUCUCGUCUUCCUCGACUCAAGCACUGAUGCCCCGAUGUACUCGCAUGCGCCUCGUGUGGUCCGUUCGCGAGGCGAAUCUCUUGGCGUACGUUCGUCGAGAACUACUCCCAACGCCACAAACUAGCAACGAACGUUCGCUAGAGUACAGCUUUCACGUCACAGGUGACUCGAAUGGCACGGAUAAGGCACAGCGGAGGAUGAACGUCGGCGAGACAAUCGACACAAUGCUGGCGAAGGGCAAGAAGAUAGUGGUGCUAGUGUGCGGUCCUGGUGGGCUGGCAGAUGAUGUGAGGGGAGGAGUGGUGAAGGCCAACAUCGCGGGCUAUGAUGUUGAGCUGCUGGAGGAGAGUUUCGCCUGGUGA